AUGUCUUUUAAUCCAAACACUAGUGAAAUAGGAUUGACGAAUUAAUCUCCUCGUAGAAAUUUUAAUCCGAUGAAUUCUUCUAUUUAAUUCAUUCCAGAUAUUAAUAUUGACUAGUAGCCUGAGGAAUAAAGUUCUCCAAGGAAGGAAGUAAUUAAAAAAGGAAUUUUGAAAACCUUUUAUUAUUAAGUAUUAUAAUCUAUUCAUAUAGGAUAUCAAAAGAAGAAGAUUGAUUGGAUGUAAUAUAUAUGUAAAUGAAAUGAAUGAAUAGUAAUUAUAAUUAUCAAAAAGAGGAAGUAUAUUUUUAUACUAUAAAAAAAGUGACUUGUAGAAUUUGUAUGAAUGAGGAAGAGACCUCAAGAUUUAUAAUGCCAUGUGCAUGUAAAGGAAGUUUGUAAUAUAUACAUGAAGAAUGUUUAAAGCUAUGGAUUCUUUAGAAAAAUGGUAUUGAAGAUGUAUUUAAAGAUUAAGUAUUUAUUUAGAAAAUAUUAGAUAAAAUGUGAAUUGUGCUCUUAAAAAUUUCGUAUGAAGAUGAAGUUACAAAAUCAUUUUCAAAAAUCUAGAUUUUGGGAUUUACCAAGACACUAAAAGAUUUGCUGGCUUAUCUAAAUUUUCUUUAUAUGUGCUAUAAUUGGUACUAUUGCUAGUAAAUGAUUAAAAACUAUUUAGUUUUAUUCAUUUAGUAUGGAAUAUCUGAUGUAGGAAUUGAUGCAAUUAUGACUUUGUUAGCAGUUUUGACUUUAAUUUUAAUAGUCUAUCUUGUAGCAAGUGUGAUUGCAUCUCAUUAAGUAGAAAUGAUUGAAGAUUGGAUAAUAGGGAAUUAUCGACCAAGAAGAGAAACUAAAUAGGGAAGUUUUUUUUAAUUAUAAUCUUAAAUGGGAUAAAGUUUAACAGGUAGUCCAAUUGGAAGAAAAAAAACAGCUUUAGUACAUCCAAAUGGCACUUCUAAUUUGUAAGUGAUUUAAGUUAAUUAAUUGAUGACAAGUACAAAUCUCUCAGAAUAAUGA